AUUUAUUCUCUCAUCAAGACCCAAGUUGAAAACCAUUUUUAUCUAUUAGAAUACCAUUGGUCACCGACAGAAGGUCCUCAAGACCCGACAUCGCAUCACCAUGAAAACCCAAGACAACCACAAAGAUGAAUCCCAUAUUCCAAUGAGAUUCCGCAUCUUAAUCUACGCAUUGGUAAGAGGAACCACGCAGACUGCAUUCAUGCAAGCUUACAACGAAAUACUUUCCAACGUUGAGGAAACAGAGUGCGAUUCAUCACCAGAGAUGCGCCAAUCAAUGGUAGAGCGCCAAGUCUGGACGAAAUUUGUCCCUGACGAGACUUCUCCGCCACCACUCGAAUUUCCAGUCGCAGAGGGAUAUUUCGAUCCGCCAGUUUCCCGAAAAGCAGUUGAGCAAUAUCGGAUCUGGCAAAUAAGUUGUCUCGAAAGUCACCAAAACCAGAAGAGCGAUAGCAAGCCACAGUACAAUAAGAUGAAGCAGAGUGAAAGUAAUGACCAAAUUCCUGAUAUUGGGUCUGUAGAUUCCCAGCUUCGCUACUCCAGCAAUGAUGUGAUUCGCGGCGAAGUCGGAGGAUGCCAGCUUGGUCGGAAUAAACAAUCACAGCCUGUCGAUACCAACGCUGGUACGGGAAUUAUGAGAAAUAACUCGACUAGGCUUUCUAACCACAUAACUCCGACAUCUGAGAAGAAGGUACACGCAAAACGACCACAACGCGCACGAACAUAUGAAGGAGUAAUGCACAAUAACGAAAUCAUACCAAUAGGAUAUCCGGUCAUGGAUGACUUGACCAUCAGUUUAAGAGUCGAUAAGGGCAAUGCAAGUAUGCCCAAUCAGUUAAUUAGGCCUUCAAGAUCUACAUCUUCGAUGAGUGACCAUUUCAAUCAAUAA